AUGGAGUUCUCCUCGGAAGCGAAAUCCCAUCAUCAUGACACGCAUGCUCUACCACCGAUACCCAUCCAGGAAGCUUACUUGCACUACAACAAAGUGAAACGAGCAGACCUAGAGCAGGACGAUGACCUCUUGUAUUUCGGCCGUGAGCUUAGCGAGAAACAGCGUGACAUCUGGCGCCCUGCAGGCAGCAUUUCUGCAUCCAUUAUAGAAAAUGCAUGCGCCGAAUACCGGAAAGCAGCCCUACCGCACCUAGGCGCCGAGGGUCCGUCGAAGACAGAAUUUAAGGAUGCUAUCAUCUACGAGCAUAAGGACAUCCCUGGCCUUCAGAUAGUGCCCGGAAUCCUUCCCAUGGAGACUCAGAUACUAUACACAUCACAGUUGAUGCACAGAGACCUGGCGGACCCGAAACAUAAAAUCAACCUCGAGGCAGACUAUCGCAUUCCCUAUCCGCCCGCAAAGUCGGAAGACCCCUCCGAUACAACAGCCACCACUAAACCCUCAGUGCCGUCGUGCUCCUUCUUCAGCUACGCACAGUCCUCCCCAUCGCAACAGCUCCACCCGAAGGACACAGCGUCGGGCAGGAAGCCGCUGAACAUGGCGCAGUUCCUGGCCAGCAAGCUGCGGUGGCUGACGCUGGGCGAGCAGUACGACUGGCCCACGCGCAGCUACGGCAUCACCCGCACGCCCUUCCCGCACGACCUGUCGCGCCUCGUCACGGGGCUGUUCCCCCACAUCCGGCCCGAGUCGGGCGUCGUGCUCAUCUACUCGGGCAAGGACUACAUGCCCGUCCACCGCGACGUCAGCGAGUUCUGCGAGCGCGCCCUGGCCUCGUUCACGCUCGGAUGCGAGGGCAUCUUUGUCAUCGAGAGGGAGGAUGACCGAGGAGAUGGCGGUGAGCAGGAGUCGUCGGGUACGGAGGCGCCGGCUGGUGGGCAAGAGGGCGAGGGAGACCAGCAAAACCGCCUCGAGCCUCGGCGUAGGCCAGACAAGACGGUCGCUAUCAGGGUUCGGAGUGGAGACUGCAUUCUGCUGUCAAAGGAGGCGAGGUGGGCGUGGCACGCGAUGCCGCGGACGAUUGCGGGCACGUGUCCGGAGCCGUUGGCGAAGUGGCCGGUGGGCACGCCGGGUGCUACGGAGGAAGAGCAGAAGGCGUAUGCGAAGUGGAAGGGAUACAUGAGCGCGAAACGUAUCAAUAUCAGCUGCCGCCAAGUCUGGGAUUGA